CUGUGGCCGGAAGUUGGGCGGGCUGAUGCUCACGAAACGCUGCUGCACUGUAGCUAAACUCAGGACAACUUGGGGAAAUUUGCGAUAGUUAAGGUUUACUACAGUUAAACAAAAUGUAUUUAUGAAGACAGAAAGUCAGAGAUGUAAUGAAACCCAAGGAAUGUGUUAACAAGCUGUUUACUAACCACUGAGUAGUUAGCUAUAGCCUUUUGUUACGACAAAAACGCGACCCCCUCCUUGCUUAAUUUGAAAAGAAAGUCGGUCUAAGUAGUUGUGUGUCGAUUAAAGAAAGUUGCCUUGGCAUAUCAGAAACCUGGACAAUUAACAUUAUAUCUCGAAACUAUGGCAUAUGCACCAGCUGUGUGGCUUGCCGUGCAAAGUCAUUUUUUCAGAACUGCAAACUGCAAUACUGCGAAAUAUAACCAGGGCCAAACCACUCAAAGACUUUUGGACCAGUUCGAUGAUGCUUUUCUGUUCAAUAACUUUAACUUCAACCGACCGUGCCUGACAUUCAUUGCGGAUUUAAUCAGGGUCAGCCUACACAAUAAUGUCUCUUUUCAGCGUAAGGACUACCAGCAGGUGGAUGCUAUGGUGCUAGUAGCUCUUUACUUCUACGCAAAUGGCAUCUUGUCUAAGAAAAUUAUGGACUUGGUGGGACUUGAUAAAGCAGCGGCGACUGAAGCCGUCAAUGUUGUAUCGAAGUUAUUGGCAGGCAUGGCAGGGAAAUUCAUCACUUUCCCUGGAAGUCACAAUGACCGGGUGUGUGUAGCACAGGGCAUCAAGGAUUUAAGUAGGAUUCCAAAUGCUGUGGGUGUACUUGGAUGUAUGCAUGUCAAGGUGACACCACCUGCCGAAAAGGUUUCUUUGUACAAGAACUCCCUAGAUUUUCAUUCUGUCAUGAUUCAGACAAUCUGCGAUGUUGAUGGUAAUCUUCUGGCGGUGGAAAAAUGUUGUCCAGGAAGCACCCCUGAGCAGCAGGUCUGGGAGAGCUCAGUAAUCUUCCAGUAUUUCAAACAAGGAUACAACGGACCCACUUGGGUCAUUGGUAGUCAUGGAUAUCAGUUAAGCACGUACGUGUUGACACCCAAACAUCCUUCCAAGGUCACGGAUACGGACAGCUCAUCCUACAAUGCGGCCCAUAACCAGGCCCUUUCCCGCAGCCUAAGGGCCAUUGGCUCCCUAAAGAACCGCUUCCGUUGCCUAGAAGAUCUGGGCCCAGUGCUUUUGGGCUCCUUGGAUCAUGUGGCCCGGGUCAUUUAUGCCUGCUGUGUCCUCCACAACAUUGCCAAGAAGUUCUCGGUUCCACUGCCUCGGGAGCUGGUGCCGGAGACUGCGCACCCAGUGCCAUAUGCAGCAGAGAGGUCUGACUGUGCCACCAUCAGUGAAGCAAAGGCAAUACAAGACGACAUGAUCCUAACGUGCUUCCACAACCUUUCUGAGGAGCCCUCACAGGCUGCUGAAGAGGGUCUGCAGGAGGGGAGUUUGGAGGAGGAGGGCAGGCAGGUGUCCUUAUGAGAGAAAAACUUCUGACUUUAUGCACAAGAACGAGACGGCUAAACUUGAAAGAUAUAUUUUUUUUACCUAUCAUUCCUUUUUUUUUUUUUUUUUUUUUUACUUUUGAGAUUGAAUAGCCUAAAACAUUAAACCCCCACCACUUGUUAAGCUGUUUUUAUUUUAUUUUUUAUAAACAGAGACUACUGAGGAUUUUGUUGGUUUGAUUGAAAAGGCUUCAUAUUCAGUUUAUGUGUCAGACCGUUCUACUGUCAACAGCAAAUGGACCAUGGACAAGUUCCUACUUAACCAGGGAAAACAAUCCAAAUACAUCUCAGUUCUGUUUACAGUUCUCCCUCAGUAUUUAUGCUGUGUUGAGUAACACUGUUUAAUGCUACCAUUGAAUGUGAGUAACCACACUUGAGAAUAAACAUGCUUUUGUAAACAAGUAA